CUAUAUUCCAUAGGUCCAUCCUUCGGAGAGCAACCCCGAGGUCGGGCAGAGUUUUUGACCUGCCUUUGGACAACUCCUCAGGCAUUGGCUACGCUAACUGCAUCCCUUUUGCGUCAGGGUCGCACAAUAUCUCUAUACGUCAAUUUCAAAGAAUAUCACAAGCCUGUAUGUGGAAAUCCUUCAUCCAUCACCGUUGCUGUUGAGACCCCUUGAACCAGCCAGUUCUUCGAACCUUCUCAUGAUUUUCUUGAGGUCAUAUUAAAAUGGCUACUUAUCGUAAAACGCCGGCGGUCUCCAGCCGUGCACUUGAGGAACAUAGCGACACGGAAGUAAAUCUGAACGAACAAGAUGCUGCCGAGCCGUCAAGUACCAUUCCUCAUGAUCCGGAGUCAGGGGAACGCCAACCCCUGAUGGGCCUAACCCCACCAAACGAAGAUGGCUGGAAAGCUCCCCCAUACUUCAUUUGGAUCGAGAUGGCGAUCAUGUCCAACGUCUUCCUUUACGGAUUCGAUGGCACCAUUACGGCGGCCACGUACGCCGUGAUCAGCUCCGAGUUCGACGCCACCAACACCGCAUCAUGGCUCACCACGUCGUAUCUCAUUACGAGCACCGCCUUCCAGCCUUUAUACGGCCGCGUAUCCGACAUCUUCGGCCGCCGGAUUUGCUUUUUCAUUUCUACCAUCACGUUUGCCGUCGGCUGCUUGGGAUGCGGUCUCGCAAACGAUAUCGUCUUGCUGGACUGCAUGAGAGCUUUAGCGGGCUUCGGGGGCGGGGGGCUCAUGACUAUGGCGACUAUUGUAAACUCCGAUAUGAUUCCCUUCCGUCGGCGUGGAAUGUACCAGGCAAUGCAAAAUGGCAUAUUUGGCUUCGGCGCGAUAUGCGGUGCCUCGUUUGGGGGCUCGAUAGCUGACACUAUUGGGUGGCGCUGGUGCUUCCUCUUGCAAGUACCAAUAUCUGCGGUAGCACUCGUUUUGGGUUAUGUGGUCAUCAAGAACCAGCAGAUCAACUUCAGUAGCGGCUCAGGCUUGAAAGAGACCUGGCGCAUAGUUGACUUUCUAGGAUCUUUUGUCUUAGUUGUGGCCAUCUCUGUCCAGCUUGUCGGGUUGAGUCUAGGCGGAAACGAGUUACCUUGGGGAAGUCCAUGGGUAAUCACCUCCCUCGCUGGAAGUGUCAUACUAUUUAGCAUUUUCUUCUGGGUUGAGGAUACGACUACAGCAAUCCCCGUCAUACCCUUACGCAUGUUAAGGGGCCGUUUACCUAUCUUCAUUCAACUAGCCAAUGUUUGCGCUGGCCUCUCUGCUUACGCAUAUCUUUUUCUCCUUCCCCUAUUUUUUCAAAUCAUACUGCUUGAUUCGGCCACAACUGCAGGGGCAAGACUCGCCAUCCCAUCCCUAGCAACUCCUAUAGGAGGCCUCAUCGCAGGCGUCGUGAUGUCUCGAUGGGGGAAGCUGAUAACUCUAGUCCGUAUUGGUGCCAUAUUGAUGGCCAUUGGGAAUGGACUUGUAACCUCACUAAACUUUGUGGAUUCCAAUUGGAAAUACUACAUUUACAUAUUUCCUGCCAACCUUGGUCAGGGGAUCAUAUACCCUGGUAUUUUAUUCACAUCGCUGGCCACUUUUGAACACGCAGAUCAUGCCGUAUCAGCAUCUACUGUUUACCUGAUUCGAUCGCUUGGUACAGUUUGGGGUGUAUCUAUCACCUCUGCGAUCGUCCAGACGACAUUUAGCGUUCUACUCCCAGACGUCUUAAGUGAUGUACCGGAUAAAUGGAGAGUAAUUGAAGCGAUACGACACUCUGCGGAGACUUUACGCGAGCUACCCCCAGAUAUUCAACUCAAAGCGCGAAUGGUUUACUACGAUGGAUUGAGAUACUCUUUCGCUGCUUCGACCGCCUUCGCAAUUAUCGCAUUUUGCGCGGCGAUGUGUGCCAAUGGGAGAGGAUUGCGCAAAACAAGCGGCUAGGAAACGGUUGCGUUUCCCCUCAAAGGGCUUUAACCCCGGGAGGAUCGACGCUGUCAAGUCUCAUACAACUAAUAGGUAUACUAGCAUAUGAUUGAGAGAAUAUGCACACCUCCCUUUUCUUACUAGGUUUAUGCACGUAGGUAUGCUUAGAAGUUGACACCGAUGUUGAAUGGUACUUAAAAUACUCUGCAGGCAGGUGUCGGUGUGGUAUGCGACAAUGAAGGACAUUGUUUUAUAUAAUACCUGAGCUUUCAUUGGCGGCGUUUCUAGAUACAAGACUUGGUCUUAU